GCAGUUAGGGAUGGCAGCCCCGGGGGCAGCCCCGGAAAAUGCUACCACGGCCCCUCCCAAUCCGGGGGAAGAGCAGGAGGGGACCACCGUAAAGGGACACGUUUCUAAGUUCUUAAGUUCUCCGAAGUUCACGUCCAACCUGAUCCUCUCUUCUGACUCUUCUGUGUCCAGCUUGGAAAUCAUCCAUAGAACCCACAGGUUCCCGCUGGGCAUCAUCUUCAUCUUGGUUAGCGAGUUUGCAGAGCGCUUUGCCUUCCAUGGCACAAAAGCUGUGCUGACUCUGUAUUUCAUGUACUUCCUCAAGUGGAAUGAGAAUUCAUCCACGGCUGUGUACCACGCCUUCAGUGGCCUGUGCUACUUCAUCAGCAUCCUGGGAGCCAUCAUCGCUGACUCGUGGCUGGGGAGAUACAACACGAUCGCCUCGUUCCAUGGCGUGUACUUACUGGGCCAGAUGCUGCUCAUCCUCAGUGCAGUGCCCCUGGAAGGAGGCCAGGUGAUCCACACGUUCCUGGCUGUGCUAAGCCUAUUUCUGCUCGCCUUAGGGGCAGGGACCAUAAAGCCCUGCGUAUUAGCGUUCAUUGGAGAUCAGUUUCACGAACAGCAAAGAAAAGAGAGGAGAAGGGUGUUUUCAGUGGCGUACCUCGUGGUGAAUUUUGCAGCCCUGUUGUCGAUGUACGUGACCCCCACACUGAGAGAGGAUGUAACCUGCUUUGGAAGUGACUGCUACAUGCUCGCCUUCGGACUCCCGGGAAUUUUCAUGCUCAUGGCAUUGUUUGUGUUUGCUUUUGGAAUCGAAAUGUACAACAAACGGCCCCUGCAAGAAAACUUCCUGUUAGAAGUCUGCAAGUGCAUCGAGUUUGCUCUCAGCAACCGGCUGAGGAAUCGUUCCAGCCAGAUUCCUAAGAGAGAACACUGGCUGGACUGGGCAGCUGAGAAAUAUCCAAAGCAACUGAUUGCAGAGGUGAAGGCGCUCACCCGCAUGCUGUUUCUCCUCACACCGCUGCCCAUGUUCUGGGCUCUCUUUAAUCAGCAGGGCUCCCGCUGGACUCUGCAGGCCACCAGGAUGGAUGGCAACAUGGGCCUGUUUGUGAUUAAGCCCGACCAGGUCCAGAUGCUUAACUCCAUUUUGAUGCUUAUCCUUAUUCCGACGUUUGAGCUGGGAGUCUACCCCCUGAUCAAAGCCUGCAGAAUCAAGUUUACGCCCAUCAGGAAGAUGGUGGUUGGCAUGAUCCUGGCGGCCCUGGCCUUCGCCAUGGCGGCGGUCGUUGAGAUAAAAGUGAAUGAAACCACCAGGACCAGGCUGGGCCUCAAUGAGAGCCUCUUGCAGAUCCUGAACCUGGCGGAUGGCAAGGUGCGUGUCAUCUUGCAGGGUUAUCGAGACCCUCUGCUGUUCCUGGAACCCAUCGUCCCCUUCCAGGACCCGUCUCCCUACUCCCUGCUGCAGCUGGGGUCCAAGCACCAGCAGCUGAGCUUCUUGCUGCAGGCCCAAAGCACCGCCAUCCAUGUGGACCACAACAUCACGGGAAGGAAGUGGUACAGCCUGGUCAUUCACAAGGACAGUGACAGCAACAGCGACAGCGUAGCCAGCACCCUGGUGGAGGAUAUGGACAUCAAACCGCCCAGAGGAACGGCAGCCAUGAGGUUUUUUAACACGUUGGACGAAGACGUCAACAUCUCCCUUGACCAAAAGGAUGCUCUCUGGGUUCCAGGAAACUACGGGGUAUCUGCGUACAGGAUCAUGGAGAAGAGAAAACAAAGCAUUGCAAGAUGCCAGACCCAGAGCAAGACGUUCACGCUGCCCCUGGGCACACUUACCUUUGGCACCAGCUACACGAUUUUUAUUAUGAAGAAUUCCGAGGAGGGCUUGUGGGCCUGGAAGACCAGCCCUGUCCUGGCCAGCACCGUGUCCAUCCUGUGGCAGGUGCCGCAGUAUGUGCUCAUCACUGCCGCCGAGGUCAUGUUCUCUGUCACCAGCUUCGAGUUCUUGUAUGCUGAGGCCCCAGCCAGCAUGAAGUCGGUGAUACAGGCAGCCUGGCUGUUGACAGUGGCAUUUGGAAACCUCAUCGUGCUCAUCGUGGCGGAGAUGGACUUGCUGGUGCAGUGGGCAGAGUUCCUCCUGUUCGCAUGCCUCCUGCUGGGUGUGUGUCUCCUGUUCUCCAUCAUGGGCUACCACUAUGUGCCCUGGGCCAAGACCCAGCAGAUCAUCCAGGAGGAGCAGAAGCAGCAGCGGAAGCGGGAGAAGAAGCAGCGGCGGGAGCAGCGGCGGGAGCAGCGGGAGCAGCAGCGGAAGCAAAAGCAAGAGCAGCAGGAGCAGGAACAGCGGGAAAAGUGGAAGCAAUUGGAGCAGAAGCUGGAGCAGCAGAAACGGGAUGGAGAGUGGGAGGGGGAGAAGCCCACCCCGGCCCAGGACAGAGAAGGGGGCGACCUGGACGUGGAGAAGCAGUGACACCCCCGACCCCUUCCCCAGUUUCCCCAAGCCUCAGCCACUGUCCCCUUCCACGCUGCUGGGAUCCUGGGACACCCCCAGCCCCACCCAUUCCUCCAUUCACCAUCCAUCCGAUCAUCAUCUGUACAUCUGCCAUCUGCCCUCCAUCCUCUGCGAGGACGAAUCGGCCCUCGGCCACGGGGUCACUCCUGUCUUCCCCCCAACCAGCUGCCAACUCCGGCUUGGACAUGGGCACCAGGAAAGGACAGUAACCCUGGACCCCAGGAACCACUUCUGGCCCUGCCUUUCUAUGCCAGGCCCUGAGCCCUCCACCCCAAGUCCCCCUUCCCUGCAUUCCCCACUCCGUGUCUCCCCACCUGGCCAGCGAGGACAGGGAAGGUCCAGCUCACCAUGGGAGCAGCUGGGGGGCGGGGGAACCUCCCCACACAAUAAACGGCCACCUCUAUA